AAAAAGAAGCUAAUGACCCGAUCCAACACAACACGUUCUUUUGUCUCUCUCUCCUUUGAUUCAUCAUUGAGAUCAGGAUCGUGUUGUGUGUAAACUGCAAACCAUCUAGCAAUAAUGGCGGGUCCAUCUAGCUCAUGGUCGCGAGCGUUGGUACAGAUCUCUCCAUACACUUUCUCCGCCGUCGGAAUUGCCAUUGCUAUCGGCGUUUCUGUCCUUGGUGCUGCCUGGGGUAUAUAUAUAACUGGAAGUAGUUUGAUUGGUGCUGCCAUCAAAGCUCCUCGUAUUACCUCGAAGAAUUUGAUCAGUGUAAUUUUUUGUGAAGCGGUUGCUAUAUAUGGUGUAAUUGUGGCCAUCAUUCUUCAAACAAAGCUCGAGAGUGUACCGGCCUCACAGAUUUAUGCCCCAGAGUCACUUAGAGCUGGCUAUGCAAUUUUUGCUUCUGGAAUCAUUGUGGGCUUUGCCAAUCUUGUCUGUGGGUUGUGCGUUGGGAUAAUUGGAAGCAGCUGUGCUUUAUCUGAUGCACAGAACUCCACGCUUUUUGUUAAGAUCCUUGUGAUUGAGAUUUUUGGUAGUGCACUUGGGCUGUUUGGUGUUAUUGUGGGAAUUAUUAUGUCAGCUCAAGCAUCUUGGCCAUCCAAAGCUGCAUAAGUCUUCACAUUAUGUGCUUGUUAUGAAUUUUAUAGCAAACACACGAGUCUUGGUCAUCCAAGUCUGCAUAAGUCUUUGCAUUAUGAGCUUGUUAUCAAUGUUUUAAUUAUACUGUAUUCUGUAUUAUAUACAUCUACACACGUCUUCAUUUUGUCCCUUUCUUCUUUUUGGCUUUUCCACAGUGCAUAUUGAUGUGCAAUUACUGUGUCGACUACUUUGGUUAGUUUGUUCAUUGAUGUAAUCUCUUAAUAAAGCUAUUGAGUACUAGUUCCUCUA